AGCGUACAAAGUACAAACCUAGUGAAUAUCAAAGUAAUACUUUCCUCUUAAGAUAUCUAAUCCAACCUGGAGAGUUGCCAAAGCAAAGUGGGUGAUGUGAAUGGUCCAGAUUUAAGUGAGCAACAGACAGCAUAAAUACAGAUGUAGGCAAUCCUGACUUUCAAAUCACAAAUCUCACGAAACGCAUCCGCUCUCUACCCUCCAACGCAUCAUCAAUCGAGCUGAACCUUUGAAAAAAAGAAAAAGUAAAAGAAAAAGAAAAUUGAGAAAUGGAGCAGGCCGAACUGACUACAGUGCAGGUUCUGAAGAGGGAUAUCCCAUGGGAGACAUACAUGGUGACCAAGCUAAUUUCCGGGACAGAUCUUCAACUUUUAAGGCGUUAUGAUAAUAGACCUGAAAGUUAUAGGGCACAAUUGUUAGAUGAUGAUGGUCCAGCUUAUGUUCAGGUAUUUGUUACCAUAUUAAUUGACAUUUUUAAGGAAGAAACGGUUGAAUAUGUUCUGGCUUUAAUUGAUGAAAUGCUUACAGCAAACCCAAAACGAGCCAGAUUAUUCCAUGAUAAGUCUCUUGCUAAUGAUGGUUCUUAUGAACCUUUUUUCAGAUUGCUUUGGAAAGGUAACUGGUUCAUACAAGAAAAGAGCUGCAAGAUACUUGCCUUGAUUGUAAGUGCUAGGCCAAAAACACAAGAUGACCUUCUUUCAAAUGGAGAAGCCUCAAAUUCAAAGAGCAAAAUUACUUGCGUUGAUGAUGUGCUAAAGGGAUUGGUUGAAUGGUUUUGUGCCCAGCUGAAGAAGCCUUCGAAUCCUAGUCGUUCCAUUCCAACUGCAAUUAGCUGUCUAGCAACAUUACUCAAGGAACCUGUGGUCAGAUCUUUGUUUGUUCAAGGAGAUGGUGUGAAGUUGCUGAUACCAUUAAUUUGUCCUGCAUCCACCCAGCAAUCUAUUCAGCUUCUUUAUGAAACAUGUCUCUGUGUCUGGCUAUUGUCUUACUAUGAACCUGCUAUCAAAUACUUGGCUACUUCAAGAUCAUUGCCACGACUAGUAGAUGUCGUAAAGAGUUCCACAAAAGAGAAGGUUGUCAGAGUGGUGGUCUUGACCCUUAGAAACUUGCUUUCCAAAGGUACUUUUGGUGCUCAGAUGGUGGACCUUGGAUUGCCACAAAUUGUUCAAAAUUUGAAAGCACAAGCAUGGAGUGAUGAGGACCUACUGGAGGCUCUGAACCAAAUAGAAGAGGGGGUAAAGGAUAACAUUAAGAAAUUGAGUUCGUUCGACAAAUACAAGCAGGAAGUUCUCCUUGGCCAUCUUGACUGGUCUCCUAUGCACAAAAAUCCUGCAUUCUGGUGUGAAAAUUUCACGAAUUUUGAAGAGAAUGAUUUCCAGGAAAUUAAAACAACCGACUAUGUAGAUGGUAUGAUAGGUUGUUUUGUUGAAUGGGAUUUGAGGUCUGGAAAAAUGUGGUAUCGAAACCAUGACAACUACUGAACAAAAUAAAAUCAGCAUAUUAAUUAUUGAUUUAAAUUCUCUCUCAAAAUUGGAACUACUGUGGUGCUUUUCUACUUCAGAUUCUGAGGGUCCUCGUAACAAUUUUGGACACAUCCAAUGAUCCAAGAGCUUUGGCUGUUGCUUGCUUCGAUCUCUCACAGUUUAUCCAGUACCAUCCUGCUGGCCGGAUCAUAGUGACAGAUCUUAAGGCCAAGGAAAGGAUGAUGAAAUUAAUGAACCAUGAAAAUGCUGAAGUUACUAAAAACGCUCUUCUCUGUAUUCAAAGGCUCUUCCUAGGUGCAAAGUAUGCAAGCUUUCUGCAGGUCUGAUUCGUGAGGUGUUCAAUGACUCUCUGGCCAUUAAUCAGCUGAUUCUGGAUUUGCUCCCAUGAGCAGAUACUGAACUCGGCUCCUUUGAUACUUGUGAUUGACAUCAGAAAUUUAUCAAUCCGGGCUCAUUUUUUUAUUAGACGUUGGAAAACUGUGAAGAAUUAAUUUAUUCUACUGAAUGAGACUUAGAUAUUUGGGAGAGUAUUUGUAUCAUGUUGUUUUUGGGUGUAUAUGCGUUUCAAGGGUUCGUUGAUCGAUCAAUAACGUAAUUAUGCAAGAGUAGAAGAAUUAUAUGUAUCUGUUUAUAUAGACAUUGAUUCAGUGAGUUGCACAAAAUAAAACAUAUUUUGGUAUUCUCCGUUA